AUGCCGCCCGUACGCUGGGUGACCCGGAAGAUGACCCCGGCGGAGAUCCGUGCCGCCGAGCGCAAGGCAGUCCGAGAGAAGGCGGCCGCGAAGGCUUCGCGCGACUUCACUCUGGCGAAUCAGCGCAAUGCAGCGGAGACGCGGCGGCGAAAGGUGCUUGGCCCGUCUGCUGCCGCGAACGAUCCCGAGCCGUACGAGAUGCGCGCAUGGGAGACGGUCUGCAAGUGGGAUGACACCGAGGAGAAGCUCCGCCGUCCGCUGAUGUCGCGCCCGAAGAUCCCCGAGUCAUACUUUGCAUACACGAACCCGGAGAACCGCCGCUUGGGACGGAGGCUCGUCGCUCCCCGCGCUGGUACAAGGGAGGCCACGUUUCACUCGAUCGUGACUUCCGUCGAGAAGCAGGUAGAGAAACCACCCACGCCGGCGCAGAAGGGUAAGGCGGCGACUGCCGCGGAAGCUGUCGAGAAGUUCGCCAGGACGAAGAUGAAGGAGGCCGUGGCGCUGUUCUCCCUCCCGGACGCCGAAUUCGAGACCAAGAUGUACGCUCUCGACUCCGCUUGCCUCAUCAUCUCCGCGUGUAUCAAGGACAAGAGCGCGAAGGGAACGAAUCUCCGUAAGCUCUUCGCUCAGAGCGAGGAGUGGGAGAGCCAAAUCCGCCGCAUGCUCGACGAACUCGACGAAGAGGAGCUUCAACGGCUCAGGGACGAAGAGAAUGAGCACCUCCCUGCCCUUUUCGUCUCGAACCUCCUUGAUACGUUGAAGUACACCAAGAAGCCGAAGAUGUGGCCGGAGUUCGGGACCGACACCGUCAAGUACUUCAUUGACAAGACGGGAGGAUGGUCAGCCGAGGACGGGGAGCAGCCCGAGUACUAG